AUGGACGCCGCGAGCCGCACCUGGCCGCCCCCGACCCCCUCGCCCCCGCCCUUCUCCUCCCGCCCACGCGUGGGCCCGCCGUCGGAGCCGCCGCCGCCGCUGCCGCACCACCACCACCACCACAACCGCCGGCGCCGCCGCCACUCCAAGAAGCCGAAACCUCAGCCUCAGCCUCCGCCCCAUCCCCAGCCCGAGCCUCCGCUUCAGCAGACUGCCACGCGGAGCGCGAACGCCGCCGGUGACGGUGCAGGUGUGGACUUCUCUGCCCUGCCGCCGGAGCUCGUGCACCGGGCGCUGGCGGCCGCGGGGGCGUCCGACGUUGCGGCCGCCAGCAGGGCGUGCCGCGCGUGGCGGGACGCGCUGCGGCCGCUCCGGGAGGCCGCGGCGCUGCACGCGCGCGGGCGCCGCGUCAAGCACGGCUCCUCCGGCGGAGGCGCGGGCGGCGCCGAGGGGCGAAAGGCGGAGAGGCCGCGCGCGCUGGAACUGUUCCAGCGUGCGGCGGGGCUGGGGUCCGCGGCGGCGAUGGUGGACGCGGGGCUGAUGUGCUGGGAGGAGGGACGACGGGAUGAGGCGGUGGGAUACUACCAGAAGGCGGCGGAGCUGGGGCAUCCCGUCGGGAUGUGCAAUCUCGGCGUCUCCUACCUGGAAGCUGAUCCACCCAAGGCUGAGGAAGCUGUUAGAUGGUUUUAUCCAGCUGCGGCCGCAGGCAAUGCUCGUGCUCAAUACAACCUCGGCCUUUGCUUGCAGAAUGGAAAAGGGAUCAAGCGUCAUCAGCGGGAAGCUGCAAAAUGGUACCUGCGAGCUGCCGAGGGAGGAAAUGUACGAGCCAUGUACAACAUUUCCUUGUGUUACAGCUAUGGUGAAGGAUUCUCACAGGAUCAAGUGCGUUCAAAGAGGUGGUUGCAAUUAGCUGCUGAUUGUGGUCACAAGAAAGCUCUUUAUGAAUGUGGUAUCAAACUCUGUGCGGCAGGAGACAAGGUCAGGUCGCUUAUGUAUCUAGAGCUGGCGACGCGCCGUGGAGAAGCCGCUGCCUCACAUAUGAGGGAUGUGAUACUUGAAUCACUUCCUCUUGUGAAUGCGCAACGUGCCCUAUCAGAUGCUGACAAAUGGCGUCCGAGAGCAUUAUAUACCAGAAGAUGACUACACCAGCCUCCCUGCCGGAUACGCAAUCAACAACCCCUUGUUGUCAAAAUUGACAGGAAAUUUCACCACCUGAAUGCCCAAGUGAGCAACAUGCCUUCUAGUGAGCAAUAUGCGUCCGUAGCAUGCUCAGUGUAUGUGGGUCUGGGUAGCGUCGCCUUUCAACCCCCGCCCCCCCCCCCCCCCCCCCUACAUCUUGUUCUUGUACAGAAAUUACGUAAGCAGAAAUACUAUUACAGGAUGAGGAAAUCAAGAGGCAAUAAUUUUGAAGGGCAUGCAGUAAUGCAAUGGUGCAGCGCAGGAUAGAACUG